GGCCUUGGGAGAAGAAAGAACAAGACAGUGACUCACCUUCGGGCGCUCGGGAAAGAACCUCAUUGACAAAAAAUUCCUCGUGUUUUGGGGGCCCGCCGUAAAGUUCACACACACACAUAUAUAUAUUUUUUUUACAAGAGAACAUCACCCAACACUGCCAUCAUGCCUUGGUUUGGAGAAGACCCGCAGAAGAAGAUGAUGGAUUGCAUGUUUGAGCUGAAGAUGUGUGAGAAGCAGAUGGAAAGGCUGUCCAAGAAGGCAGAAAAAGAGCAAAUGGCGCAGAAGAAGAAGAUGGUGACAGCGAUGAAACAGGGAAACGUCGAGGGCGCCAGGAUCUACGCCGAGAACUGUAUCCGGAAGAAGCAGGAAUCCCUCUCCUAUCUACGCAUGGCUUCUAGACUCGAUGGUGUCAAGUCCAGAGUCCAGUCAGCAAUGGCCAUGCAGGGCGUGACUAAGAACAUGAGUGGAGCUGUCGGCUCUCUUGACAAGGCCCUCAAAGCCAUGGAUCUUGAGAAGAUUUCUCAGGUCAUGGGCCAGUUCGAGUCACAGUUUGAGGAUCUGGACGUCAGGACUAAUGUGAUGGAAGACAGCAUGGCUGCAGCAACAACCCUUAGCACCCCCAAGAGUGAUGUUGAUGCCCUCAUCCAGCAGGUGGCUGAAGAGGCAGGGUUAGACAUGGUGUCAGCCCUUCCCGGAAUGGAUAGCGUGGGUGAACUCUCCACUGUUGGUGAAAAGACCAAAACCAAGGAGAUGGAUGAACUCGACCAGAGGCUUGCCUCACUCAGGAACUAGUUCCCUUCUGCUCUGUCCUUUUGCCUCUUUACCUCCUCUUCUUCAUCUUUGUUUUUGUCGUCCUGCUAUUUGAGCGAUGCCAUCAUUCACCAGGCCUUCAUUUCUUCUUAGUGUCGUGUUCAGCAGAGGGUGAUAGGGUAUUUUUUUUUAUUCUUUAUUUUUCACAUUUUCAAUUUCUAGAACUAUUACACACACACACACACACACACACACACACACACACACACACACACACACACACACACACACACACACACACACACACACACACACACACACACACACACACACACACACACACACACACACACACACACACACACACACACACCUCUACCUACCUCUCUCUCUAUUCAUUUUCUCAUCAUUAUUGUUUUUUGUAAUGUUUCUACACAGCCUACAGUCAGGAGUGCCCAGUGAUUUGGUUUUGCAAUUGAUAUUUUAAGGCUCUGCCCCUGGCAGCCUCUCCUCCAGUUGUGGCAUUCUGUUUCCAUUAUCUGCAUGGUGUCUCUCACAAUCCAUUUGGUGACUGUGGAGACCUCAUUCAUUUACUGGUUAAUGCAGUUUGACAAAGCAACAUGUGAUUGAUGGGGACUUGCAUCAUCAUAAUGGUGAUUGGUGGAGAGGAUAGAGGUUAUAUAGCCUUGGAAGUUCAGUGUUCAUGGUUUUGAACGGCAAAUGAUUUCUAACUUGAGUUUAAAGGUACUUAGGUCACAAUUUAUUAUUAUUUUUAUUAUUAUUAUUAUUAUUAUUAUUGUUGUUGUUGUUAUUGUUGUCGUCUCUUAUUAUAUAUGAUUCUUCUUAUUAUUUUUUGUCUUACAUUUUUCUUUAAUUUUUACUUUUAUCAUUAUUAUUAUUAUUAUUAUUUUAUUGUUAUUUUUAUUAAUCACCAUCAUUAUCAUUACUUAAGUUCUCCUCCAAUACUUUUGGGGAGGAGAUUUCUUGGAGUUUAGUAGUGGAAGCCCUGUAAUUUUAAAACCAUUUGAGUUUUGAAGUAAUGGAAAAAAAUGAAUUUAUAUGCGAUUGAUUUAGAUGUUUGCUUGUGUGAUCAUGGUUCUUUGAUUUAUAAAUCCGAUUCUCACUUUAUACAAUAUAUAAUGAUACUAAUAACACAGUGUUAAAUUGUUUACUGGAUGUGAAUGCUAACUGAUUGUCUGUGUGAGAGGAAAACAAAUUAUGUGUAUAUAUACAUUCAAAAGAAGAAAACACGAAUAAAUGAAUAAAUAUAUGAAUGAUGCUCUUUA